AUGAAUUGGAUAUGGUUUCAUGCACUUGUUCUUCUUCAGCAACUCUUUAGCAAGGCAGCGUCACAGUUCAAUAUAGAGACUCUUCCGGGUUAUUCGGGUUCUCUGCCUGUCAAACUCGAAACCGGCAUUACAAAUGAAAAGUAUGUUAAGACAAGAAGGCUGAUGAACAGCAUUACAAAUGAAAAGGAUGUCAAGACAAGACGGCUGAUGGAGAAGCUCCUCUUUAGCAAGGCAGCAUCACAGUUCAAUAUAGAGACUCUUCCGGGUUAUCCGGGUACUCUGCCUGUCAAGCUCGAAACUGGAUAUAUUGAUGUGGGAGAAACUGAAGAAGUGCAGCUAUUCUACUAUUUCAUCGAGUCCGAAAGGAAUCCUGAAAAGGACCCUCUUCUACUUUGGCUCACCGGCGGACCUGGUUGCUCUGCUCUCUCAGGCCUCGUUUAUGAAAUCGGCCCAUUAGCUUUCGAUGCAGAUUUUGAUGGAAGCUUACCAUCUAUUCACCUAAAUCCGUAUUCAUGGACCAAGGUUGCCAGCAUUAUUUUUAUUGAUUGGCCUGUUGGUACUGGAUUUUCCUAUGCAAACACAUCGAAAGGUUACUCUUCUUCAGACACCAAGUCAACAAAAGACAACUAUACGUUUCUUAGAAAGUGGUUGUUGAAUCAUCCCAUGUUUAUAAAAAACCGUUUAUAUGUCGCGGGUGACUCUUAUGGGGGCAAAAUUGUUCCCAUGGUUGCCUUGGAAAUAUCACGAGGCAAUGAAGCAGGCUUGCAGCCACGAAUAUUUCUUCAAGGAUACAUUAUCGGGAAUGGAUUAACGGAUCCAAACAUUGAUAUCAAUGAACGAAUUCCAUAUGCUCACCGAAUGGCACUUAUAUCAGAUGAGUAUUUUGAGUCUGCAAAAAUUAGCUGUGAUGGGAAAUAUUACAAUCCUGAUCCAAAAAAUUUGCAAUGUCUUUAUGAUCUUAGACCGAUCCACGAGAGUAUAAAAAAUAUAAAAGCAGGACAGAUUCUGGAACCAAAUUGUAGACGUUUAGCUCCAAAACCAGAUGAUGUGGGAUGGGAUCGAACACUUGCCAAAGAUGAUUCCAUUGACCAACUCCUCCUCCCAUCCAAAAUAGACGGAUUGCGGUGCCGCACUCAAACUUAUGCGACAUCAUAUAAUUGGGCAAAUGAUCCAACCGUCCAAGAAGCUCUUCAUAUUAAAAAGGGAACAAUAACAGAUUGGACGAGAUGCAAUAACAGCUUAUCCUACGAACAGAAUGUAGAAAGCGUUGUUCAAUAUCAUAAAAUCCUCAGCAAGAAAGGAUAUGAAGCUUUGGUAUAUAGUGGUGAUCAUGACAUGAUGAUACCUUAUAUGGGUACGUUAAAAUGGAUUCGUAGUCUCAAUCUAACCAUAGAUGACGAGUGGAGACCUUGGAAUGUUAACGGCCAAGUUGCAGGAUACACAAAGAAAUACAAGAAGAAUGACUUUUAUCUCACAUUUGUAACAGUAAAGGGUGCAGGUCACACAGCUCCUGAAUUUAAGCCUAAACAAUGUCUUGCAAUGCUCGACCGAUGGUUCUCUUCGUAUCCUCUAUAG